AUGGACUUCAAGAAAUUGGAGGAUGUAAUGAGGCAGCCAGAAGGUUUUAGCUUGGUGGAUAAAAAGGAGAAUCUAGUUUCCAACUUCAUGGCUGAUCAAAAACACCACCAAAUUGAUUCUGGUAGUGCCCUUCAAAUGUUUCUUGAUCACAUCCCCAUUAGUUCUAUCCCUGGCAUAAAAAGUUCUCCCGUUGUGGAAUUGAAAAUUGAGGAUAGAGUAAAAGAUGCGAUACAUUUGUUGUUUGAGAAGAAUGUUUCUGGUGCUCCUAUAGCUGAUGUUGUAGAUCCUGAUACCAUUAUUGGAAGGUUUUCGGAUCGGUAUGUGGGGUACAUAGAUUUAGCUGGCAUGGUUCUUUGGGCUCUUGAGGAAUGUGAAAAGGCUCAUAUGCAAACCAGAGGGACUGACGGUGAUGAGAAUGGAAAAAGUAGCAUGUUCACCAUGCUUGAAGAUAAUCCUCAAAUUGGACAAACUAAGGUUGGGGAGUUAGCCAAGUCAUACCUUUGGGAUCCAUUUUUCCCUGUACACUUGGAUGACACACUAUUUCACGUUCUGCUGCUUCUCUCCAACCACCACCGGCUGCAAGUUGUGCCUGUCAUAGAGAGAUCCAGCUUUCAGGGCAUUGGUUUUGUAACACAGAAUGCAGUGAUACAGCUGUUGCUUCAAUCAAGUGGGCUAGAAUGGUUUGAUAGCAUUGCAGACAAGGCUUUAUCUGAGUUUCGUUUUGGAAACGAAGAGCGUGUUGAUCUUGUAUACGGAGAUCGAAGCUUGGCAGAAGCUCUUCAUAUUUUGCGAGAAAGCCGAAGUGGCGUAGUUGCUGUGGUGAAUCGUGAAAAUAACAAGGUUAUCGGUUGCAUAAGGAACAGUGAUGUUUAUCUUUUGUUAGAGAAUAACGAAAUACUUGGUGACAGAAAGAGGCUAACUGCUGGGGAGUUCAUUCACACAGAAACUGCAAAAGAAAACUCUGAUGGCACCUUUGAAAGGGACCUGGGGGCACUAUUCGCAGCCGGAGCUCUUCAAUUGAGAAACAACUUCCUUCCGAAAAUGGACUCGCCAGUUAGUACCAAAAAGAGCAACACUCUCAAGCAAGCCAUGAAAGACUUGGCGGAGACCAAAGGCUGUUUUUGCUUUCUAGUAAAUGAUGCACAGCAGCCAGCAGGUUUGCUGACAUUGAGAGACGUCAUCAUUCAAUUUGCCCCACCAUGUAUAGAUUCGAAUAUUCAUGGAGGUGGUUUCUUUGAAUCUGCUCUAGAACAGACAGGGUGCCAAGUUAAGAAUGGAACUGUCAUUUGUGAUCAUUGA